UUUCUGCUCCAUCCCAAGAAACAUGGAGAAAGUUUUCCUUGUGGAAGUCGUGGUACCAGAAACCCAGCUACCAUAGGUUUCCAGACUCUAGAGAGGGCCAGCAGCUGGCCUGUGAGGAUCGCUGAACAAACUGCCCGCUGACACAUGCCUCCUGAGGCACAGAGAACUGGCUGGCUUGGGUGCUCUGAACCCCCACUGCAUGACUGUUUUCAGAGGAUCAAGCCCUCCAUACCAGGGACCAGGCUAAAACCAGUUUACCACUGCCCCUACCUGGGCCCCAUUGACUUAAAGCAGCCACUGUAAUCAUGGGCAAUAUCUUUGGGAACCUUCUGAAGAGCCUAAUUGGGAAGAAAGAGAUGCGCAUCCUGAUGGUGGGCCUGGAUGCCGCAGGGAAGACCACCAUCCUGUACAAGCUGAAACUCGGAGAGAUAGUCACCACCAUCCCGACCAUUGGGUUUAAUGUGGAGACAGUGGAGUAUAAGAACAUCAGCUUCACAGUGUGGGAUGUGGGCGGCCAGGACAAGAUCCGGCCCCUCUGGAGACACUACUUCCAGAACACCCAAGGCUUGAUAUUUGUGGUUGACAGCAAUGAUCGGGAGCGAGUGAAUGAGGCCCGGGAAGAGCUGAUGAGGAUGCUGGCAGAAGAUGAGCUCCGGGAUGCUGUACUCCUUGUGUUUGCAAACAAACAGGAUUUGCCGAAUGCUAUGAAUGCUGCUGAAAUCACAGACAAGCUGGGGCUGCAUUCUCUGCGUCACCGCAAUUGGUACAUUCAGGCCACCUGUGCUACCAGCGGGGACGGGCUGUAUGAAGGCUUGGACUGGCUGGCCAAUCAGCUCAAAAACAAGAAGUGAGAGCCAGGCAGCCCUCUCUGACUACCCCACCCACUCCUGACACAUACCUGUUGUCUCCUUACCCCAGUUUCCCCCUUUCUUCCUCUUGAAAGUGUGGCCCAGGUCCUGGGUAUCAUGUCCACGUGCCCGGCCAGCGCCUCGCCUUCCACGCCUCCCUCCUUCCCUGUGCACUGACACGGUCCCCAUGAUGAAUCGUUCCAAUUUACUGGAUUUAAAACAGAAUGACGCUGUCAUGGUUUUGUGGGGUGGUCCCCCUUGGUUUCAGGAGGAAGAGUCAGGUGUUCUCUGUCUGCUGUUUGGCACUGGUUGCUGUGCUCUUGGCAUCUGAGUCCCUUCCCUGUGUCCCUGGCCACUCUCCUCCCUGUCUUCCUUUCCUUCUGCACCCUCUCCUAUUCUACAUGGACAUUGCACGGGCCUCUCUGUGUGUGCGUGCAUGUGUGCGCCUGUAUAUACGUGUAUAGAGAGAUAUAUAUGUAGGGUCGGGAGGGAGCAAAGCGCAGCUCAGGGCUUGCAGCCAGGACACUGCGCACUAAGAAUCUGUUGCCUGCCCUUCUGUUUUGGUGAGAUAAGGGGAUGUAGGUGGGUCCCAUUGUUUCCCUCUCGGCGGGUGGCAUUCCUGGAUGUUAGGAUGCAUGAUGGGCUCCUAAAGCCAUCUGUCUUAUCCUUCCUUCUCCACUGUUUCGAGCACAUGAAGUGGCUUUGGUCUCUGGGUCACUGUUCCUAAGAAGCCUGCCGUGCAACUCUGCCUCAUGAGUAGGGAGGAAAGGAGCCCCUCAUGCUAUCAGUCUAGAGUGCUGUAUCAAUCCUCCCCCACCGUCCUCAGAUCUGCUCCCCAGGAACUCAGAGGGAGGUAGCUUAGUGGGACCUGCAUGUAGAGGGGACAGUGGUCUGGGAAGGCCUGGAUCUGACUCUCGUGAGGAGGAGAAGGUAAGGCAUGGAGCAGUCUUGUUCCUGCCUUCUGGUCUUGGGGGCUGGGCGGGUCUGUCUGUCAGAGAUUUUUUUCCUCUUAGUUCUGCCGGCCUGAUGAGGACUGACCUGAUGGAGUCAUGAGAAGCCCUGGAUUGGGGGUAACAUAGCCCACCUCAGUAUCAACCCCGUUCUCCAGUUCUGUUUAGUGCAGGGCCAGGAAAGAUGAGUUUCUGUCGUCCUCCAUGUCCCGUCCCCCUCCUUCCUGACGGCUCUUCCCAGUCUUCACCCGGUCCUUGAAUAGUUGUGGCAUUGGAAUAGAUGCCAUAGGGCCCUGCAUGGCUACGGCUGGAACUGUGAUCUUCGGGGCCCUCCCUCCAUCAUCCUCUGCUUGUUCGGCUGCUGCUUCAGGUCUGUAGAGGGCGCCUGUUCCAGUAGCUCUGACUGGGUCUGACUGGGUCUUGACUUGUCACUGCACUGAAGCUGUAGCUGUUCUGUGCGCUCCUGUGUGUGCUGGCUGCGCCCUGAGCUCCAGAACAGCUGCAGUAACCUCUCUGCUAAGGUCACACACGCGGUGGCCAGCUUUCCUGCCACCUUUGUCUAUAGCAGGCAGAUGGGUUCCCCAGCCUACAGUCAGCUGAGCUGUGUGAGGUUCCAGGAUGUCUCUCAGUGCAGGCAGUGCUGCGAUAUCCCAGACACCAAGGGCGUGCGUGUGCGUGUGCGUGUGCGUGUGAGUGUGCGUGUGCGUGUGCGUGUGCGUGUGUGUGUGUGUGUGUGUGUGUAAUCUCUACAUAGGGUGCCAGGGGUUCUGUUUCAUUUUAGAUGGGUUCCUUCCAUUCCCUGAGUCCCCCUCUGUUGCUGCUGUGAGCGCCUGUUUGCCUUCUCGGUUCACUCACCACUUUGCCAGUUUGGUUUUGGUUUUGUCUUCUAUUUGAUUUCCUACUCUAUCUUUGCUUUGAAAUUGGUGAGGACUUGGCCUCUUUCCCUGCCACGCUCUCUGGCCUCCCCACUUUGAUGCUAGUUCCAGUAGGUCUUGUACAUUGCCGACUUCAUCCCACUCCUGCACCCUUACACUGCUUCUUACUUUUCUCCACCUCCUGGGACCAGCCUGAUCAGGGCUGAGCAGGCUGAAGCAGCCUUGAACGUUGCCUUGAUGCGUGCUGCUCCAGACACGUCCAGCAGGGGGCAGUAACAUCUUGGUAACAUACCUGGUUUUGUGGGGAGGUGGGGUGCGUUCUACAUUUCCCUAAUCCAUCUUUAGGGGUUGGGUGUUUCAUGCCAUUUCUGUGAACUCCCUCUCUUGCUUUUCUCAAGUUGGUUUAAUUUUUGAUCUUGUUCUACCUUUCUUUCUGGAGACUCCCCCUUCCCUCCACCUCCAAAAUUUGUGACGUUACAGUGGUAUCUGCAAUUCUGAAGUGGGUUUUUUUUCUUUUUGCUUUCUCUGGAAUGUAGACUGUACAUGUUUAAUAACUUGCCUUCUCUAUCCUUGCUCAGAAAUGUGGGAUAAUGCAAUGACUGUGCCCUGGUUGGAAAUUAAACUUGUUUUACGCAGCUCC